GCGACCACAAGUCAGACUCAGAGUUAAUCAUCAUCAGAAACUUCUGUGAACUUAGAAACUGAAAAAAUCUGCUUCAUUUAGCUGAAUAUCAUUCAUAUACACCCUGAAAGGUUUUGAAAUGUUGCAGAAAGUCUGUCUUGUUUGGCUAUUAUUUAUGUUCGGGUUGAGCAACAGCGGAGCAUUGAAAGAUCCCCAUCCAGACCUCUCCGAUCAAGAACUUUUCUGGGGAGCAGAUCAGUAUGACUUUGCAAUUGUACUGCCUGCUGGAGGCCUCCAGUGCUACUGGCACUUUGCACACUAUGGCGAGCGCUUUUACCUCAACUUUAUGGUCCAGCUGGUAACCGGUGUGGCCCUUGAAAGACAUCUCUCUGUUAUGGUCAAUGCUCCGAGCAGCUUAAUGGUCGGCAAAGCUGACGAUGCAAAUGGUCAGAUUGCAUUCAAUGUGGAGGAGACUGGUUUUUAUCAGAUGUGCUUCAGCAAUUUCCACAAUCGUUUUGGGAGCAUGCAAGUUUUCCUGAACUUUGGUGUGUACUACGAGGGACAAAAGAAAAUUGAGACACAAAAAGAAGAAGAGAAGAAAAAGAAAGAAGAGGAUAUGAAACAGAUAAACAGCACAUUGUCCACCAUUGGGGAAAGCACCAUCAGGCUGCAGAAGUUUGUCUUCCACAUGUGGCGUCACUACAACUACGAGCGAAUGAGAAGGGGUGCUGAUUUCUACUUGCUGAAGUCUAAUUCCACUUACGUGAGCGCAUGGUCUGCUGUCCAGAGUCUUCUCAUUAUUACUGCUGGAUACCUGCAGCUAUACUUCCUAAAGAGGCUCUUCAACACCAAAUCAGCACAGGCUGAAAAACCUCGCUGUUAACAUCAACACCAAACCUGUGAUUGUUUAAAUGACCGGUCUGGACAUGAUCAUUUUUAGAUGACCCUCAUAAUGUCCCUUUUACUUUUCCUGUGUUCUCUUUGUUAUUAUACAUGCUGUGGAAACCCAAAUAAAGUCAGA